GACAGUUGUUCCAAAGAUUUUGCAUCCGAGGCACAAGAAAGUGAAAGGUAUUGAUAGGUGGAAUAAUCAGCGAUUUCAGGACAUUUGUCCUUAACCUUUAAUGGUUGUGUUUCAACCAAGACAUGGACGAAGAUGAACGACAGAGGAAACUAGAUGCUGGAAGAGCAAAGCUUGCUAGCUUCCGACAGAAAAGGGCGAAAGGCGACGGUCAAGUCGCGCAGAAAAAGACGCAGAAGAGGAAGGGCCCGUCUCCAACGCAGAAUGACGGCCCAGCGCAAGGUCGCCCCCUAGGGAUGGACCUCCGGACAGACGGCAACGCCACACAGCAGGACUGCAUGUGUAACAAUGAGGAACCACAAUGUUUUGGGGAGACAGAUCAGAGCCAUCUUCCAGAGGUCCAGUGGAGCCAGGGGCACUUGGAGCAACACCAUCCCCAGGAGGGAAGCAGUGUCCGGGGGAGGCAGGCGGUCAGUGGGCAUCCUGAGGAGAUAGCGGUUGUGGGAGAGGAGGUCCUAGUGGUUCGCACUGGAAAAGAUCAGCUCAAGCAGUUACAGGCCGCAGUAGAGAAGCGUAAUGAGAUCAUUAGCAGACUGAGCUGUAACCUGCAGGAGGCGCUGGAGAGCAGAGACCAGGAACAGCAGGAGGCCUUCUCCCUCACUGGACAGAUACAGGCUCUGAAGAUGCAGCUACAGCAGACCUCUCAGUUCUUUCCCUCCAGGACCCAGUGGGGCUCAGAGCUCUCCCUAGCCCAGCGGCAGGCCUCCCGGCCUGGCCACAGCUCCCACGACCUUCCCUCACUCCCCAACCACCUGGAGGUCCCAGUAACAGAACCAGGGAACCAAAUACGCACACUCCGAAUGGGACAUGAACAGACUGGAGCUGGGUGUGAGAGCCCAGCACAAUGUAUUGAUCCUGAGAUGGAUGUACUGAUACACACAUUGUGGAGAGAGCUGCUAGAGGAGAGGGAGAAAAACCAGCUCAUGCUUUCCCAACUAGAAGAGGAGAGGACAGGGAGGGAGGAGGAGAGGAGAGAGAUCCACCAGUACAAGGAGAAGGAGGUGUUGAAUAGGGAAUUGCAGGAGCUAAGGAGGAGACUGGAGGAGGAGAGGGAGAGAAGGAACGAGAGGGAGGAUGAGCGAGAGAUCAGGGAAAGACAGGAAGAGGAGAAGAGGAGACUUGGAGAGGAGGUGCAGAGAGUCCGACAGGUGUUGGGGGAGAGAGGGAGAACGAGGGAGGAGUUGGGAUUCAAGGCUUCUAAAACUGACAAACUGAACCAGGCAAAGGCCAGUGUGGAGGAGGAGGAUGGAGAGAGUGAGGGGGAGAGAGAGGAGUGCCUUCUAGACCUGUCCCUCCCCACUGAUGGCACCCCGCUGUUGGAGCGCUACCUCCCCUCGGCCCUCCCCUCACACACACACUUGUCCUGGGCCAAUGAAACUCUGGAGGAGUGCAGCUUUCUGGAAGGAAACAGCCUGCUGGACAACUCUGGCAACUACAGGUUUGAGCUGGACAGUGACAUCAUCAGCGGUGGUGACCAAUCCCAGCUGUCCUUUUCGCAGGAAGAACAGACUCACUUUUCUGUCCCACAAUCCACUGCACAGUCCCACCACCCUGACCCUGAGAACGAAACCUUGCCCUCUUUCGCCUCCCAGUGGCAGAACGACCCCCUCUCUGUCUCACGAGACACCAGCGAGACCUCUGAGAGGCUCAGUGAGACGUCGGAGAGUCAGGAGGUCUCAGACCUGGGCAAGGAGCUGCUCAUCCAGCAGUGUGGAGACCUCAGGGAGGAGGUGGCUCUGAGGGAGAGGGAGAAGGAGGUGGUGAUGGAGGAGUUGAGGAGGAGCGCUGAGGAGCUGGAGGAGGCCAGGGCCAGGUGGGCCCAGGUCUCUGAGGAGCUGCAGGAGGUGCACUGGGAGCUUGAGGAGGAGCGAGAGAAGAGGAGGCGAGCUGAGGAGGAGAUCAGCCUGAAAACACACGAGGAGGACAAUCUGAAGAACAGACUCUGCACCUUAAUGGAGGAGAGAGAGAAAGAGAUGGAGAGACUCAACUCCUCUCCUCUCCUAGAGGAGGGAGGUACCCUCCUCCUCAGCCAGGAACGAGUGAUGGAACAGCUAAAAGUGGAGAAAUCUCUCCUCCUCGCUCGUCUAAAACAGCAGGAGGAGCUGCUCUCCUCUGUCCGGUUGGAGAAAGGAAGCAACGAGGAGAAAGAGGAGGAGAGGGAGGAGGAGGAGGAGGAGAAGAAGAAGAGUGUCCUCUCCAGGUUGAAGCAGCAGGAGCAGCUGGUCUCUUCUCUGCAGGAGGUGAAAUGGGCAGGAGACUCUGUCUCCUCUGAAGUUCAUGCGCUGUUUGGAAUACGGCUACAGUCACUACAGACCCAUCGUGACCAGCUUCUAGCCCUGCUGGAAGAAACUAAAACCAGGCACAAAACCACCACCGCUCUCCUCAGUCAGAAAACCCUGGAGCUCGACACCGCUCAGAAAGAGAUGGACAGAGUCCAGAAGGAGGCGGAGACAGCGAGGCAGGAGGCGGAGACAGCGAGGCAGGAAGCGGAGGAGAGGGAGAGGAGGAUAGAGCAGACGGAGAGGGAGAAAACGGAGGUAGAGUCUGAGUUGCUGUGUCUGAGACAGAACCUGUGGAACCUGGAGGAGCUGCAGGCCCAGGGAGUGAGGGAGGGUAGAAGGAGAGAGGAGGAGAUGGACAGAACCACGCAGAGGAUGGAGAAGGUGAUGGCGGAGGAGCUGGAGGAGUUCCAGAGACAGCUCCGAGACAAGGAGGAAGAGGUGGCGGAGGAGAGGGAGAAGUGGGAGGAGGAGAGGCAGGAGAAGGACGAGGAGGUGCAGGGGGUGAGACGCCUGCUGGAGGAGCAGCGGAGGGAGAGGGAGCAGGAGGUGAAAGCGCUCCUGGAGCAGCAGAUGCGGUCUGUGGAGGAGGCCACCGAGAGACUGAGAAGAUCUCACAGUGAGGACGUGCAGGAGCUGCAGGAGAAACACCAGGAGGAGGUGUCUGAGCUGAGCGGCCGUCUGGAGAGAGAGCUGUGUGAGCAGAGACACCGUCUGGAGGAUGAGCAGAAGAGACAGAUCAGCCUUAUCAAACAGGUGAACGAGAGAGAACACCAGAGGAUAAUGUUGGAGAUGUCACAGCAGAGGGAGGAGCUUAGCCGUUUGAAGGCAGAGCUAUCAGGGGACCAGAGGGAGAGCAUGGAGACAGCCCACCAAGCAGAACUACUGCAGAUACAGGGCCAACAGGCUCUGGAGCUGGAGGCGCUGCGUCUGAGUCUGACCAACCACCAAACGACCCAGCUAGAGCUCUCCCAGACCAACCUGCAGCGGGAGCGGGAGGCCUCUCUAAGCGAGCUCCAGGCUUCCCUCAGGGAGAAGUGGGCCCAGGAGAGGGCCGUGCUGCAGGCCAGACAGCAGUUUGAGGUGGAGAGGCUGAGAGCUGAGAGUGAGGAGAGGAUCCAGCGAGAGCAGCAGGAGUUUCACAGGAACAUGGAUGCUCUGAGGCAGGAGUGUGAGAGUCGUCUCUCCCAGGAGAGAGCGUCCAUGGAGGAGCGGCAGGCUGCAGAAAUAGUGGCCUUGAGAUCCCGGUGGCAGCAGGAGUCCGAGAAGGCCCAGUCAGAGCUCCAGACUCAGCUGUCAGAGGCUCGGGUAUCACUCUCCUCUACCCAGGCAGCCUUCACCCAGACUGGGGCAGAUCUGUCCGAGGCCCGGGCUAGCCUGGAGGAGCUCCAGAAGCUGGAGGGGGAGCUGAGCCAGGCCUGGACCGACAGGGACGCUGCUGCCCGUGCAGUGGAGGAUCUGGUGUCCAGACAUCAAGUGGUGCUGCAGGAGAGAGAGGAGCAAACACUGCAGCUACAGCAGGAGGUGUGUCGUCUGCAUGGGGAGCAAGUGACUCUGAGACAGACUUGUGACCAGGAGGUUGCUCAGCUAGACAACAUGAGGACCAACCGCCAGGAACUGGGACAGUUGAAGGAGCAGCUACUAGCUCGUUCGUCGCGGGUGGAUGACAUCGAGCGUCUGCAGGUGGAGUUUAACGUGCAGAGGCGGGAGAUCAAUGAGCAGAACGAGGUCGAGCUGGAGAACCUGAGGAGGUACUUUGAGCAGCGUCUGCGAGUAGCAGAGGAGAGCUACCGGGAGGAGAUAGCCCUGCUGCAGUUGAGACUGGUGGAGGGAGCCUUGGAGGACUCUGUACUCAAGACCCAGGAUGCUAGUUUCCUGUCUGAAGGGAGAGGGGAGGAGGAGAGGAACGAUGUUCUGGCUGAGAUCACACUGAAACUGGAGAAACACCAGGAGGCGUUUGACCAGCUGCGUGUCCAGUUGGAGGAGAGACACACUAAGGAACUACCUAACCUACGGUCCUCUCUGGCCCUGCCCUACAGAGAGGAGCUGCUACAGGUGCGUUUGGACCUGACUGAUCGUUACUAUGGCGACCUGCAGGAGCUGAAGACUUGCCACGCCCUCGAGAUGGAACAACUCCGCGCUAAACUGUCAGACAGCCAUGUCAGAGAGCUGACGAGGGUGCGUCUGGAGGCUGCCAUACAGGUGGAGGUGGAGGUGGAGCAUAGGAUGUGGUGUCACUCUGAGGAGCUGCAGACCAGAACGACCAUGAUCCAGAACAUGGAGACACAAUUGGCUGCCGUGGCAGACACACACAACAUGGAGCUAUGCGCACGCACUAUGAAGCUGAAGCAGAGCUUUGCUGAGGAGCUGGGUGUAAAACUAGCAGAGGAACGUAAGGAGGAGAGGGAGCGAGUGAUGGAGGAGAUGACCCUGAGGAGAGCGGAGGAGGUGCAGAGGCUCAGACAGGAGCUCCAGGAGGAGGGGGAGGCACGGGUCUCUGCCCUGAGAGAGGAGAUGGAGAGAGGGAUGGCAGCGGAAAGGAAAGCUCUGGAGAAAGGGAUUGAGGAGGCGAGAGCAGCGCUCAGGAGUCUACAAGCCUCACUAGACAACGACCAGAACCCCCAGGCGGUGGCAGUGAGACAGAGACUAGAGUCCCAGUACGAAGCUGAGCUGGCCAGGGCCAAGUCCACCGUGGCUGCUGAGGUCAAGGAGCUGACCGCUCUGCUUCAGGGGCAGGGAGACCAGAGGCUGCGCCAAGCCCAGGACAGGUUCCAGGAGGAGAGGGAGGAGUUGGCGCAGCGUCUGGCCCAGCAGGGUGAGGUUUCUCUGGGGGAGCUGAGGGAGGAACACAUGGCCGCCAUGGAACUCCUGAAAACCACGCUACUGACCAACCACACAAAGGACAUGGACACACUACGAACCAAUCACAAAGUAGAACUGGAGUUCUUGUUGGCCAAUCACAAGGCUGAGCUCAAAGCAAUGGCAAUGGAGAUCGCAACAAAACACAAGGAGGAGCUUGUUGUCUUGGAAACCAGCCUUGAAUCAAAACGCAAGGCAGAGCUCGAUCGCCUGGAGGCAGUCCUACAGGAAACCAAUGAGGCUCAGCUAGAGGCACAGGAGGCAGAGUUAGAACACCGGCAUCAGGAAGAGAGGGAGGAGCUGGAGAAGAGGAUGCUGGGUAAUAUGGACACACUGGAGACCACGUACCUGAGGGAGAUCCAGACUCUACGCUAUCAGAAAUUACAGCUUGAGGCGGAGCAUAUGCGGGAAGUGGAGUGUGAUGGGUUGGAGCAGCAGUCUGUCAGGGAGGAGCUGAGGAAGAAGCUGGCUCAGCUUCACAUGGAGAAGUUUAGCGCCAUGGCAACAGAGCUCAGCCACACCCACCAGAAUGAGUUGACAAUCCAGAGAGAGGCCUUAGAAGCUGAACACCACACGGCUCUGGAGGCCCUCAGGAAAAAGGUCUUGGAGUUGGCGCAACAGCACUGCACCGCAUUAGAGGGGCUCACACGCACCUACACCUCAGAGACACAGCAACUCAACACACAGCACCAGCAGCAGCUUCAGGAGCUAAAGAGUGCGUCUGUGAGAGAGCUACAGGCGUGUCGCCGGGAGCUGGAGGAGUCAUUGUCACGGCAACGGCUGCACUUCCUGGAAGAGGUUGAGCUUCUGAAGGCCCAAGCAGAGGAGAGACUUCAGCACAAGAUCAGCCAACUGAAGGCGGAGUUUGAGGAGCAGAAGGAGGCGGAGCUAUCAGAACAGAGGCAGAGCUUCGGUGCUGAACACGAGCAGAAGGAACAAAGCUACACCGACAAGAUGAGCCAGCUCACUGCACAACUGCUACAGCUGGACACUGUGGUGUCACAGCUGCGAGCGGAGGUGUGUAGUCUACAGGGGGAGUUGGAGGGGAAGAGGUCAGAGAUGGAGACCCUGGAUACACUCCUCCAACGGCGAGAACGAGAGAGUCAGGAGGGAGGCAACCUCCUCAACAUGCUUACUGAGGACCUACACACUGCCAAGGAGGAGAGGCACACUCUCCAGUCAGCCAAUGAGAGGCUGAGGAAGGUUCUGAUUGAGGUGGUUCUGAGCACCAUGGCAAUGGAGGAGCUAAUUGGCUGCCGGGUCAAAGCCUGUGUCGGGGUCAGAGGUCAUGAUCAGGGUGAGAGGCCAGGAGAGGAAACAACCAAUCAAGAGGCAGCAGACAUGUCGACAGGCGCUCUAGAUCUCUCUCAGCGUGUGUGUGAGAGCCUUCUACUGGCAGAGUCCCAAAAAAACUCUGGAGGAGAGGAGGCAGCCCUGGGAGAGGAGGCAGCCCUGGGAGAGGAGGCAGCCCUGGGAGAGGAGGCAGCCCUGGGAGAGGAGGCAGCCCUGGGAGAGGAGGCAGCCCUGGGAGAGGAGGCAGCCCUGGGAGCCUGCAGCCAACUACGCCACUCUGUGGACACACUCCUGGAGAUCCUCACACGCGCUAGCACACAGUUGGAGGAGUCUUGUUCUGUCCAUCUGUCUCUGGAGGAGAGAUUUUCCCAGGGCCGUUCAGACUCCUCCCAGAUGCUGCUCCAACACCAGCUCGUGUUGGAUCAGCUGGACCAGGAAGCGGGACUCAAGAGCAAGCUCCAGCUGGAGCUCCACAAGGCCGAAGGUCUGUUGGGGGGCUAUGUGGCUGAGAAGGCAAUUCUGGAAGAAUCUCUAGAACAAAAGGAGGCUCAGGAAGAACGGCUUGUUGAUGAGCUGGAGGGCCUCCGGGCGCAGCUGCACCAGAUGGAUGGCCUCACGGUGGAGCUGGAGGGCCUCAGGGUGCAGCUGCAUCAGAAGGAAGGCCUCACCUCUGAGCUAGAGGACCUCCGGGUGCAGUUGCAGGAGCUAAGCGAGGAGCACAGUCUCCUCCAGCGCCAGAAGGUCCAUCUCACCGCCGGACUGGGAGAGAGAGAAAAGGGCCUCCUCGUUGAGGCAGAUCGUCUGGCCCAGGAGAGGCUGUGUGUGCAGCGGCAGGCGGCGAAAGACCGCAGCUCACUGUCUCUGCGCCUCAGGGCUCUGGAGACCGAGCUAGAGGAACAGGAGAACCAGGGCCUCACGGCGGAGCAGCAGCACAGGGCUCAAUCAGAGGACCUCCAGCAGCGCGUCCAGGCCCUCGAGAAACAGCUCAAACACAACAGGCAGUUUAUAGACGAGCAGGCAGUGGAGCGGGAGCAUGAGAGAGAUGAGUUCCAACAGGAGAUCAGAAGUCUGGAGGCUCAGCUCAGACAGCCAGCCAGACACUCUGCUGGGACCAGCAAGGGCCAACGGAUUGAGGACUUGGUUCUGCAGGUGGAGAGCCUUCAAGCCCUCAUCAGGGACAAGACAGAAGACCACACCUCCCUGCUGGCAGCCAAUCAACAGGUCCAGCUCGAGGUUGCUGAGCGCAAUGAGGAGAUUGACAAGCUGGCUGGACGAAUUAGGGAGCUGGAACAGGCGUUGCUAAGCAGCUCCGAGAGCAGCAGAGCUGUCGGUCAACUGGAGCAGGAGCUGCGCAGAACUCGGCAGAGAGAAGAGGAGCUCACACAGGAUAAGGAGUCAUUGCAGCAGCAGCAGUUGUCAAAUCGUCUCCAGAUUUCAGCACUGCAGUCGAAACUGGACGAGACCCGUUACCGUGACAACAACACUAGCACCCCCGACCCCAUCCAGCUUCUCCGAGACGCGUUGGACACCGCACAGCAAGACCUGCAGAACAAGGAGCAACAGGUGUGUGUGUUGGUUGGUCAAAUGGAGGAGACUCAGAGAGACCUGACCAUAAAAGAGGCGGAGUUAAAACACCUCAGUCUCCAGCUGGAGCUCCUGACCAAUCAGAACACGGAUACCAUCACCCAGCUUCACGACCAAGUCGCUUCUCUCAAAGAGACAGUUUCAGCCCUUACCUUUCGCCUGGAGGAGAGAGAGAUUGGAGAGGAGGAGAGUCUCCCAUCUGCUCUGUUAGAGGAGAAGAAUGACGAGAUAGACCACCUGACCCAGGAGAUGCACAAGCUAGAACUGAAGCUGGAGACCGCCAGGGACAUCACGGCCUUCCAGACAGAACUUGAAGACCUCCGCUCCCAGGUGGAGCACCUCCGCUGUGACAUCAUCAGGGUGCGUCAAGACAAGCAGGAAGAGGAGGAGCGGUUUCACGAGGUCAUCAGCACGCUACAGGCGGAGCUAAACACCCUUGGCCCCGCCUACCACAACGUCAGCGACCUAUCACAAGAGGGCGACAGUGUUAACCCUUCAUCUGCUCCCAGCCCGGAACCUGCCAACUACCCCCAACCAGAGAGAGGAGGAGAGGGCGACAGUCUUAAGCAGGAGAUGCGUCUCCUCCACUCCUCAUCUUCUCGUUCUCGUGUGGAGGCCAUGCAGGGGCAGCUGGAGGUGACGGUGGGAGAGAAGGAGGCGAUGGAGAGACUGCUGCUCUCUCAGGAGGAAGAGUACAGAGGACAGGGGGAGGAGAUGGGGAAGAGGCUCAGGGAAGAGAGGGAGAGAGGGGAAGAGGUAAAGAGAGAACUCCAUCUAAAAGAGGCUGAGCUUGAAGAGGUGAGAGCCAGGAAAGAAGGGCUGGAGGAGGAGAGGGAUGCAGCUAUGGAGGAGAGCGGUCGCUGGCAGGCUCUUGCCCAGGAGACGAACUCCCUGCGAGGGGAGAAAACUCGGCUGGACUCCCUGGUCCUGGAGCUAAAAUCAAGGGUUGAAGAGCGGGAGAAAGAGACUGAAGCCCUUCUACAGACCGUGGUGGCUGUCGAGACAGCGAAGGCAGAACUUUUGUCAGAACGCGAGGCCCUGCGGAAGAAGGAGUGCAGACUCCAAGAGGAAAUAGAACGCCUCCAGCAGGAAGUGACCUCUCAGAGGGCCUGCCUCCAGGAAGUCAGCCGUCAACUAGAGGAGAGGCGAGCCAACCAGGAGGAGGCUCAGAAGGAAGUGCUGACAUGUGCUGAGGAAACUCUGGCGAAGGCUGACGCUGCCCUGAGACAGAGGGAGGAGGAGCUACAGAGACUAGGGGCAGAGCAUCAAGCCCUGGAGGCAGAGUUAGCAGCUGUGAAGGAGGGUCUUUGCUCCAGCACAGAGAGAGCUGAGAAACUACUGGAGGAGGGACAGACCAAGGACCGGGCCCUGGUUGACCUGGAAACCAAUAACCAGCAUCUGAAAGCGGAGCUCCGGGGUCUACAGGAAGACCUGGCCGUGCAGGAAGAGGAGCUGGCCUAUCAGCAACGAGAACUGCUGCAGCUCAGACAGACCUGCAACCCGCACAGCAGACAGACACACUCAUUGAAGGACAGAGGAUUCCAAGACGGUGUGUCUCCCAACGAGUCCCUAAGUUCUCCCGAGGUUCUCCGUCGACUGGACUGUUCUGAGGAGAGAACCAGAGAGGACAGGUUCCACCCCUCUGUUCUCCACGGUUCUAGACUGUCUGACCUCAGUGCUUUAAACAGCACAGGCCUGGGGCUCCAGGCUAAAGCCUCCCCCCGGGGAAGGAAAGACCAGUCCUGCCCAGGGACAAUCAGCCCAGAGCUGGGCACACACAGCACCCACUCCCCUGGGUCCAUCUCUGCCUCGGACAACCUCUCCAUGUUGGACUCAAUGGACGCUGACAAGGUGCAUGAGCUGGAAGCCCUGGACCUGACGGCCCCUCCCUCAUCUCUUGGCUCCGCCUCUCCUCUGUCUGCAACGGAGUGGGCCAGUGAUGGAUAUGGCAGCAAUGUCCGUUCAGAGCUCGGUGUAAGACUCAAGGUAGAGUUAGAGCAGACAGAGAGGCUGGACGCACAGUUCUUGGAUUACCUGCGUUGUCGAGGCAUGAACCCCGCAACCAACACACACACAGGCAGCGCCGCCGGGAGUAUGAGCUACAACGACGAACUGUUGUCUCCUGAACUACAAGGUCUAUUGAAGAGAGUGUACCAGGAGAGCUGCAGGGUUCUCGCCCUCUCCCAGCGUAACGCCCCCUCUAACCACCUCUCAUUGGCCCAGAAGAUCUGUCAGUUAGACUCUAAAGCUCCUCCAAUGUGUUGGGAGCAGGAGAAGAGGGCGUUACAGGAAACUGUCAUCGCUCUGAGAGAACUGCUCUGUCGGAUGGCACAAAGACCGGAGAACUCGGUGGAUGCUGGUUGGAGCAGAGGGCUUCAGGCUGCAGUAAGGGGUGUGUUUGACUGUGAGAGGGCAGGGCUUCGCUCUGAGCUGCAGGCCUUUCUCUCCUCCCACCCUGAGAUAGACUCCAUCCACCUCCUCCGUCAGCUGGAAACACUGCUACAGAGACAGGAGCAGCAGCAGGAUCUGCGGCUGCAGCACUCCCAGGGGGAAGAGUCAUCGAAAGUGGAGGUGUUAUCCAGGCUGAGGGUGGAACUAGAGGAGAGCAGAGAGCGACUUAACUCCUCCCACAGCACCCAGCAGGAACUACAAAACGAGAUCUGCAAACUCAGGCUGUGUAUAGAGGACUGUGAGGAGGCUGUAAGGAAGGAGGAGACCAGAGUCCAGGAGCUACAGCAGGAGCUGGACCAGGAGAGAACUCUCACACACCUCCGGGAGAAGGAAGAGGAGCAGCAGAGAUCAGAGGUCGUGUCCCUGAGGGGUCUGCUGGACCAGGAGAGGACGACCUCUAGUAACCUCCGACAGGAACUCCAGAUAGAACUCUCCCGCUGUCACCUCCUCCAAUCACAGCUCGACACACGGCUAGCCGAUGCCCACAAGGAGCUGGAGGAGGAGUGUGCCCGUUCCGCCCGGCAACUCGACACAUUCCAGUCACAGGAAAAGAGUCGGCUGGAACACUUCCUGAAAGAGGCUGAGUCCCGCCUAGCCAACGCCCACAUGAAGGAACUGGAGGAGGAAUGCGAGCGCUCCGCCCGGCGUCUCGAUGACAUCACACGCAGACAAGAAGUGGACGCGUCCCGAGACAGGAAGUUCAUCUCGGAGCUCCGCUCUCAACUGGAGCAGGAGAGGAGGCAGGGGGAGGAGCUAGCCACCGUGACAGAUGGACUGAGGGCGGAACUUCUGCAGAACCAGAGGAGAGUAGAGGAGGAAGAGAGGAAGAGGAGAGAGGAGGCACAGAGAGAUCAGGAUGCUGCAGCCCGCCUCAGAGUUACUAUGGAGACACUCAAGGAGCAGAAGCAGGAGGCUAGUCGAGCAUUGGAGACUGAGAGAGAGCGUUCUGGUCGCUUAGGGGUGGAGCGCAAUGUGCUGAGGGAGAGGCUUCGAUCGGUCAAUGACGAGGAGAGGGAGCGGGAGGAACAGAGGGAGAGGAGGAAGGAGAGACUGGAGCAGACGGUGAGAGAGAGGCAACACGAGAGAACCAGCGACAAACUGUGUGAAUUGGAGUUAUUGCGGCAGCAGGACCAGCAGAGGAUGAGACAUCUCCAGCAGACUCUGGCUGAGCUAGAGAGGGAGGAGAGAGAGAUGGCCACAGAGAGACUGUCCAACCGACACCAGUACAACUCUAGCCCAUUCCAACCCAAGAAUAACACCUCGACUGGACCAGACCAGACCAGCACAGCCCUAUACAACCACCAGUCUUCGUCUUCUUCCUCGGUGCUGGGGGAGAGGUUGUUGAGGGAGAACUCUGACCUGUCGGCCCGCGUGAAAGAGCUAAGUCAGGAGACAGUUAACCUGAAACUCACCCUGUCCUGUCUGGAACGACAGCUACGAGAGGCAGAGACUGAGAACCGGCCCAGCACUGACCUCAGCAACAGCAAGCGACUGUAUGAGCGCUAUCUACGGGCUGAGAGCUUUAGGAAGUCUCUGGUCUACCAGAAGCGCUACCUCCUGCUGCUGCUGGGGGGCUUUCAGGACUGUGAACAGGCAACUCUCUGUCUUAUCGCUCGGAUGGGGGCGCACCCCUCGCCCCCCCACGCCCACACACACUCUCCCCUCUCACGCUUCAGAGCUGCAGUACGAGCUGUCAUCGCCAUCUCACGACUGAAGUUCCUGACCAGGAAGUGGCAGAGAGUCAUCAGGAGAGGAGUUACAACAACUGUCACUGUCAACGGACACAGCACAGCUUCCAGGACUGAGGUUUUGAGGCAGCAGCAGCCACUGGCCAAUCACAACUCCUCUCCACCUACUAGAGACAGCAGCCCCACCCGUAAGGGUGUGGUUUCACCAAUGAAAUCACCCUUCAGGCUGCAAAACCGAGUGUAUUCCAACCCGGUCCUGUCCUCUGAGUGUGCUCCGUCCAGUGUUCUGUCCCAGGAUGCCGAGCGGUCUCUGACAGACUACAUCCACCACCUGGAGAACGUACAGCAACGCCUGGGGGCUGCACGUCCAGACUCUCCAUCUCUUCUCUCCUACCACAAGAAGUCUGACUGCUGAAGGAAGGAAUGAAGCAAUGUAUGAAUGCCUCCUUUCAAUGCAACAUAUUUAUGAUCCAUCUGUGUUCAAAUCUACAAGGGAAUUGUAUUUGUCUAAUAUCUGAUUUAGAAAGUUAGACACUUUUUUUUAAAGACAAAUGUAUUUUUUUACGAUUACUUUUUUCCACAGAUAUUUCUGUCGGCCUCCGAGUAAAUCCUAAGAGGUCUUCUCACCCGAAUGCAUGUGUUUUUGAAAGUAUUAGAUCGAUAUUUUUCUACCCGACCUUUAUUCAAGUUUGUAUCUCUGAUUCUGUAUAUAUGUUCGCUGUUAAUAUUUGUUCAAGUUUCAUGUGGAUAAAUGUGUCAAGUUUCAGACUGGAAUUCUGAGCUAGAUCAAAGCUGGUGAACAUGUUUUGUCAAUGAUUUUAAUUUAAUUUUAUAUAGAUCACCAUUUCUACAAAAAUCAAUAAAUAUUCUAAUUGUGUGAUUA